UGGAAAGCCCAUUAGAUGUGCAUAUAAAAUUUCCCCCGUGAUUAAUAGUUGAUGAGGCAGGGUUGGUUGGAGGGUACUACCAACAUGUGGCCGGCAGGGCUCCUCCUCUGCAAUCUCACGUUACACUCCAUAAACUUGCCACUCUUUCCCACCUAUAUGUUUAAAAAGGAGGAGGGCUCACUUGUCAAGAAUGCCUUAGAAGAGUUGUGAAAACAGCCAGCCCGAGAAGGGGAGUCGUGCAGUUGCGGAUGCAGCUCUCCCGCCGAGCCACAAGCCAGUCAGAUCAGUGAGGGAGAGAAGAGGGUGUGUGAGAGCAGCAAGACCGAGGGGAAAGUGUGUGAGAGUGUGUCAGGACUAGAGGCUCCGAAGGACGUCACACACACUCCCCGAGAGAGAGGGAAACACGCUGUCACAGGAAGGCGUCUAUCCUCACGCGUUUUGGGCUGUGGAAGAGUCAACAGCCUCUGACAGAAGUAAGUAUUCCUGAGGUGGAAGAAGUGAGACGAUGGUGUGCAUUUAGUCAGCUGAAGUGGAUGUUUCUCUGACAGAGAUACACAUUUCCAGUCCUUACUUACUUACUUUCUGAAGGGGGGGUUUCCCUUCUCCUCAAAGGAAAAGACUUGUAAUAAGACAUUAAUCAAGAUUGUGUGAAGUGUUUUUUGCAUCACCAUGGAUCAGCCGGCCAGCAGCUGCAUGCGGAGCGCCCAUCCCAGCAGCCCGAUCUGGGGCUGCAUGAGGAACCCUCACUCAGGGGUCCCGGGAGCCAACCUGCAGUCGCCCUACCAGCAGGCCCCUUUCUCCCUGCACCAGAAGCCCGACUUCUUGGCCUACACAGACUUCUCCAGCUCCUGCCUGGUGCCGACCGCGCCGCACGCUGCCUACCCGCGCGACGACAGACUGUACCAAGAGAGCCAGGGGGGGUACCAGAGGGCCGACUGGCAGUUCAACCCCUGCGAGACGCGGGUGAGAGCGCCAGAGCCCUGCCCGCCCGUCGUCGCCCCCGUAGCGGUAGGUGGCGCCGGGAGUGGAGGGCCCGAGCUGGACAGUUCGGGGGGAGACAGGCUCCCAGGGGCCGUGCCCGGGUGCCUGGAGGGAGAAUACUCACCGCAGAGCGUGGCGUCGGCCGACUCCGACAAGAAGAGCUCCAAUAAGAGGAAGAGAGAUGUCACAGAUAUCCAGGAGUCCAGUUUUAAGGUUGACUCCAGCUGCAAGGCCCGUAAAGAGCGCACAGCGUUCACCAAGGAACAGCUGAGGGAGCUGGAGGCCGAGUUCACCUGCCACAACUACCUGACCAGGCUCCGCCGCUACGAGAUCGCAGUCAACCUGGACCUCACAGAGAGACAGGUGAAAGUUUGGUUUCAGAAUCGGAGGAUGAAGUGGAAGAGAGUGAAGGGAGGACAGUCGUCUUCGCCCAACGACCUGGAAAACGACGACAUAGACUCGGCGGCCUCGCCCAGCUCUGAAUGAACAAAAAAGGAGAGUAACUGGGGUUCAACUGGACACCGAUGCAGCUUAAUGCAACCUCGUUCUAAUGGAAAGCUGCAGGGUUCAAACAAGACUCUUUUUUUAAAUUCCCAGGAAGCAUCUACUUUGCUGUAAAUAGUUGAUUUCUGUCCAUAAUGAACUGCAUUUUCAUACACUAUUGAUAACUUCUCUGUACAGGAGCUGCCACCUCUUGUUGCAUUGACAGUGUUUAAAUAUUGGAGGUGAUGCUUAUGGUCAUUGUAGAUCAGUGACAAAGUCCAGACAGAAGCUUUAAGGCCAGUGGUGACAUAUGGGAGCGUGAUGUGAUUGUGGUUGAGUGCAUCUCUUCUGCUUCCAGUAUUGUAAUCACGGCCUUUUGACGCUUGACUACAACCACCUGGGAGAACUCAGACUGCACACGUGUUGCCAAGCCAUAAGUGCCUCCGAAUCAGAAUUUUUUUUUUUUUUUUUGUCAGUUUCUUUUUCCUAGAAUAUAGUGUUUUUUAAAUCUGUCAAGCAUUUUUUUUACUAUUCUUUUUUUUAUACAUGUUGAAUGUUAUUGAUAAAACACAGAUGUUGCCUGUUUCUGCAAAUAGAAUAAAUCAUCUGCUGCAAAAUGGAAAAAA